AUGGACGACCCAGGCUGGGCUUGGCCUGCCUGGAAAUUCGGCAUGAAGAGGGAUGACCUCUUUACCAACCUUCACGACCAAUACAACACCUUUACCUUUAACCUCCAAGACCCCGAAGCCUUCCAUCAUGACGUUUACGAAAUUUCCCGCGAUGCCGAUACUGUCGACGAGUUUCACCGCUUGAUGGCUGAGCGAAAACAACAACGGAUCUACGAGUUGCACGAAUCUCUUGAAUCUCUUGCCGUUGAGAUUAUCGCCAACCCCAAGUUAAUGGACUCGGAGCAUUGGCAGUAUGCUCUUCAACUUUUCCGCACUAAAUCUUUUGAUUCGAUCGUCCGUUAUUUUUCAAGCUACCUACCCGCCAACUAUAUCGAUCGUCAUGAUCGAGAACGUGAUCACGACGCUAUUUCUAUUGCUUCAUCCUCCUUCUCCGAGACCAACAGCGUCAAGACCGAUAGCACCACGGCCAGCAGUGUCGAUGAUGCCAACUUCUUUGACGAUGAGCUUGUCAUGACCAAGACCCCCUUGUCGGUUCAUACCGAUAUUGAUAUUAGAUCAGGGUCCAUCGUGCAGGCGCCUCCCUCGCCGCCCCACUCUGAGAUUGCUCACUCAGAUGAGUCUUCGGCUUCUUCCCCAGCCAGUCUGGAGUCGCACCGAUACGCCUCUAACCCCCCAUCUCGUUCCAUGUCGUUUUCAGGGUCCGAGUCCGGGCCUUUCCGUCCCGACUUACCUCGAUCACUCGUUCACGACGACGAUGAGACCUCACAGUCUGACGAUAAUGAUAAUGCUAUCAUUUCGGACGAGGAUUGUGUAGAGAGCCAGUCGUCACUGGACACCAUGGACGAAGGGGAGCAACCUCACGAGUAUGGAUGUGAGGACGAUCUGGAGGAGGAGGACGAAUUUCCUACUGCUCAAUUUCCUGAAGAUGCUAGCGACGCUUUCGAUUUCUGUAACGAUACCCCAGAGUCCGAUGACACACCAACUCCUCGACAGGAGACUAUCGCGUCCUGCUAUAUUGAGUACAAGUCCAUUGCGGCAUGGAGAAUCCCGUCUCCUCGUCGUUCACCUUCCCCCUCGCCAAAAAGCCACAACACCUACCGCCGAGACGGCUUUGUCCAGAAGGACAUACGCCGGAGUCCUGAAGAAUCUUUGAGUAAGAUUCAGAAACCUAUGCACGACAGUCAAAGGAAGCGACCGGUAAUUAGGAGAAAGCUGGAAUAG